AGAUGGGCUCCCAGCUGGGUAGUUGACCACCAUUUGUGUCUUGCCCGAAAUUCGUGCUACGGGAUGCAGUUCACUCCACAGCAGCUGACGGGCGGCCCAAAGUAUCAUCACAAGACCCGCAUAGGCAACUGGAGCGAGGACCUCGAGCUUGAAGAGAUCAAGCUGAAAGACUACUUGAAGAAGAAGGAGACAGGUAGCCUCAUCGUCACUGCAAAGCAGCGACAGCUUGAGUCUUCAUUGAAAGAGGAUGAGCUUUCCUCUUCGUCCGAUGGCCUGCUGCGCUUCGGCAUGAAGGUGAUGUUGGUGAAUCACCAGUCCAAGGGUGUUUUGAGCGUGAAUCCUUAUGAUGUGGUGACCAAGUCCCACACCGCCUACAUGGUGACAACUAGCCCCGUCGGCAGCCCAUGCGUGCGAAACGUCUUCACCGUGGAACGCGCAGAUUCCGCGGACGGUUUCGAGGAUGACGUGGUCCACUACGGGCAGAACCUGCACAUCAAGCUCUGCCCGUUCUCCGAGAUUGCAACGGACUCUUACUUGCACAGCGAGAUGGUCACCGGCUUGGCGGCUGCAAAGUUCUCCAGGCAUCAAGAGGUGACUGCCUUGACUGUGCCCAAUGGAGAGACCCUCUGGCAGGCGCUCUUCCCGGAGACCGCUGCGAGAUUUGAGAUGGACGGCGAGCCUGUGCCAGCAGGAUCACCCAUGGUGCUGCGACACGUUCAGACAGGCUCCUUCCUUGCGUCCGAUGAGAUUCCUUACCACAACAUAUUUGGGGUGGAGUUUGAGGUCCACUGCUUUCACUACUUUUCAUUGGGCAAGUCGCAGAACUUGGUGGCGGAGAUGAAGGGUGAAGUCACCGGGGAUUACACCCUGCGCAAGCACGGCCUUCCAAACAUAUGGAGCUUCCUGGCUGACGGACUGGCCGAUGGAGAUCAAACAUCCAAGCCAGAAUCCUGAGUGGGCGGCCGCCGGACAAGCUUUUCAUGGCGUUCACUGUAGAGCUUGGUUGAUUAGGCAGUCUUAGGUAGAUGAGGCUUCAGAAAAACAUGUGUGACAUGGUUUUGUGAUGAAUGCAGCUCUUAGAAUUCAAUGUCUCACCGCAUGCUGGUCGCCGCAGACACUUGACCUGCGAAAAUCCGCUAAUCAUGCGAAUCUGAGAGGCGAAGUGGAUCCCCUCGGUGCAGUAAACUGCCGUCCUGAGGGUCAACGCAUUGCGAAUCACCCCCUUCGCGAGCGGACCUGAAGAGUGAGAGAAUGCAGCCGC